CAAACAUCAGAAUAAAUAAAUAAUCCGAAUAAUUUUGGGCAAACGUCGCGCUAUCAACUGGGUCGUGCCACAAUCCCGCAUUUAUACGUCGUCUCGGGCCGGCCGUUUUAAAGUGGGUCGUUUAAGUCUACUACGCAGAGCUUUUUACCCUCUACUGGACCCACAUCCUUACUUCGUUAUUUUAUUUACGAAAUCGGCCAUCGGGGUUUUUCCCACUUGCACUGCUCCUCGAGCCGUUUACGCGCAGGUGGGAGAUACCCGCUUGGUAGGACGGCCCCCUCUCUCAGUUCCUCAGCGGAUGAUGUGUGCAAGUGACAUUUGCCGUUGCGGUUUGGGACAGUAGGCGAGGCGUUUCUGCAAACAGGUGUGCGGCUGCCCAAAACAGGCACACAUACGACUUUUUCCGGCUUGUUUAGCGGAGGCAGACAUCCAGCACCGGUGUAAAAGCUAUCGUACUCGUAGCGGGACAGGGAGAGGAGGGGGACUCUACUAUCAUUUUCAGUUAGAGGCUUUGUAGUUGCAUUCUGUCGUUUCGAAGAGGGGCACGGCUCACAAAGAGGAAGGAAUGGCAACUAAGAAACCAUGCACAGAUUUAACGAAAAGGAGCCGAAGUCCCGUCGUGCUGGAGGCAGAGAUGUUCAGCGAAUUUCAGGACUGGUGUCUCCGGACUUACGGGGACUCGGGUAAAACAAAGACCGUUACCCGACGAAAAUACAACAAAAUCAUGCAGACCCUGCUACAGAACGAAGAGUCCGAUGGUGUCUACGUCGACAACAGCCACAUCAACGCCAAAUUCAAAUUCUGGGUGAAGUCCAAAGGGUUUCAGGUCGGCAGCAACAUCUUGGGCGAGCACAACAAGAAAGAGCCAUCGGGGAAGCCCGUCCUGUACGUUCCUGUCAAGUCUACGUGUUCAGAUGGAGGGGCAUCCCAAGACAGCUCUUUGAAGCGGGUCGCUGUGGUAGAGGAUUUUUUUGAUAUCAUCUAUGCCAUGCACGUGGAGAUGGGGGCGGAUCCCGGUAGAGCACCCAAACACGCCGGUCAGAAAAAGACAUACAAGGCGAUUGCAGAGACUUACGCAUUUCUUCCACGUGAGGCAGUGACCCGUUUUCUGAUGAGCUGUGGAGAAUGCCAGAAAAGGAUGCACAUCAACCCCAGCACAGCAGAGUUCAAAGAGAACGACCGACCCACCUCUCUUGUGCCGGACCUCAUUGACUACAACAUGCCUCUUACUGCCACCUAUCUGAAACAGAUGAAACUACAGUGCAUGACGAACAAUGAACAGGAUGAGAGUUCAGUAAGCAGUGAGGAUUUGGACAUGGCUGAGCCCGCGUGGGUCUCUACUGAGCGUGCUCCAGCCGCAGAGCCCAACAGUCCGGCCGCCCCAUACUCAGAAAGGAUGCCAACACCUCCACAGGCCAGCAUUAAAGAAGAGGAAGAUGACUCCUCUUCAGAGAAUGGCAGCACAGCUAACGGCCUUCCUGCAGUGACUCCACCUGGUGCUGCUGCUAUGGCGACAGGAGGAGUUCCUGCAUCUGAGGGGGCGGUUCCAUACGGAGAGGUGAACGGUAACGGUGCCGCAGCACCGCUGGACUUCAGCAACACUUUAUCAUCCUCCUCUUCACAGGAGGGACAGCAGCCCGUCAACCUGACUGACAGACUGUUGCCAGGGGUGACGCUCGGAUCCUACCAACCUGACCUCAACAGAAAAUUCCCUGUCAAAACCGAGUAUGGCAACAAGUCCCCACAGUACAGCUCAGGAAGCUAUGACUCUGUGAAGACAGAACUGAGCACGUGUGGGGAGGACAUGACCCCGGGUCGCUCUCAGGUGAUAGAUGAUGAUGAUGAUGAUCACGAUGACCAUGAUGACAGUGACAAGAUUAAUGAUGCCGAGGGUAUGGACCCUGAAAGACUCAAAGCUUUUAAUAUGUUCGUCCGGUUGUUUGUGGAUGAGAAUUUGGACCGAAUGGUUCCGAUCUCAAAGCAGCCCAAAGAGAAAAUCCAGGCCAUCAUCGAGUCCUGCAGCCGCCAGUUCCCAGAGUUUCAAGAACGUGCUCGCAAACGUAUCCGAACCUACCUCAAAUCCUGCCGACGCAUGAAGAAGGGUGGCUUUGAGACACGGCCUACGCCCCCCCACCUCACCUCCGCCAUGGCUGAAAACAUCCUCGCAGCCGCAUGUGAAAGUGAAACACGUAAUGCAGCCAAGAGGAUGCGCCUUGACAUCUACCAGGGUCAUGAUGAGACGGUUUCAUCCGACAAGCCCAGCACCAGAGAUCCAGCUGCCCUGGCACACUCAGGCUUCACAUUGGCUGCCUCGGCCUAUGCCCAGGACCAACUCUACACCAACGGUGGACUUAACUACAGUUUCCGUGGAUACGGGACCCUCCAAAAUAAUGGCACACAACAAUCUAACGGUCCUACUGAUCUCAGUAUGAAAUCUUUGGCAUCCAGCACCACCUCCUCCUCCAGUUCAAACAGUCACGGUCAGGGCGGAGGGGGCGGGGGGGCAUCUGCCCAGCUCAGCCCACCCGAGGUCACCGCCGUUCGGCAACUUAUCGCAGGCUACCGCGAGUCCGCAGCCUUCCUGCUCCGCUCGGCAGAUGAGCUGGAGAACCUCAUACUGCAGCAGAACUGAGAACUGCACACGGUCUGGUGCUGCCCGUCUUUCACAUAUGUAUGCAUACAUGCCAUGACAAGAAAGAUACAUGUAGCUAUGUGCACUUACACGCAUUUAUACACCUAAAGCCCAUAGGCAGAGCCUAGAGUUCAUUAUCUUGACCAUGCUACCGAAUCAGUUUGUGUUAUAUUCACAAAGAUAAAACAUUGCCCGCCACUCCAAACUCUGCCUAUGUUAAAGCCUCCUCUUUCCAUCUAUCACCCAUGACGGCUGUAUGUUCACAAUUAUCAUAAUGAUCAGAGCUUUGUUUUAUGAUCAGAAAUCAGCAUCAUCAUAAAGUGUCUUGCACAGGGCACAAUCCCACAGUGCUUUCAGUAAACUGUCUAUGGGACGGUACAUCACAUUGAGUUGUACACAAACAUUCUCUGUACUUUCAAUCCUCUCAAAACAAACUUUUGAUGUGGGCACAAUUACAUGUUUAAUGAUCUCAAAGGCUUUAUUGAAUUACAAAAAAAAUAACACAGAUGAGCCAAAACUUACACACCUCAGACAUUUAAGUUACCAUACAUGUAACCAUGCUGCAACUUUGAUCCAGAUUUUAGCCAUUUAGAUAAAGAGAUUCAAGAGAAAGGGUUUCUAGAUGAGAUCUCUUCUAUCUGUUUAAUGCUAAUGAGGUUUGGGGAGAAGGUGCAAUGUAGAUGAUAAUCGUUCUAGUGUGUUACUGUCUGAAAAUGUAUCAUUUUCAAUCAUAAACACAUGAUCAAUGUUGUUUGUACAUAUUUAUAAAUAUAUUCCUCACUCAUAUUAAAGAAAAUUUCCGUUCAAGCUUACACGACGUGCACAUACAAAAGUCUACUUAAAGGGGCAAUGAUUGGUUUUAGCUAAAGGUGAUGUAAUCUUAUUGGUUGAGAACGGUGCACCGUUGGACAUUAUGCAAAUGAAGCUGUGCAAAGUGGAACGCUUCAAACCCUUUCCUUCGUCCUCUAACGCCUUGGCAUCCCUCCACGUUCAGCACAUCAAUGCACUGUAGAGGCAGAGGAACACAUGAGUGACAUCAACCUCCCAGACCGGAGGGAGUUGAAAACUGAAAAAAAAAACUGAAAAAUAUGGACUGCGUUUCCCAUGAUGCAUUGCAAAUACACUUUGUUAAGUUGUGAAUGCUGCUCUUAUUUUCUAACCUCAUGACUGAGACACUUUCAUCUUCACGUGGCCCAGAGGGACAUCUCAUUGGCACACAUACUGUACUGUAUAUGCAUAGUGAGUUGGAGAGAAAGGACCUACUGUAGUUGUUAACAGGAAGGAUGAUGUCAUCGUUCCUUUCUGUCAGGAAAGCUAUGCUCAAUUGGCAUAUUUUUGGCAGUGAUCGGUGGACUGAGAUAGAAUAGAGGCGCGUAGAAACUACAACCCCCAUUACCAGUUUUACUAUCCCUCCAGACAUUUUCUCAUGUUCACAAAUGCCAUCUUUAAAAACUGUAUUAAAAAAGCAAAGACAAUCCUGAACGGUUGAUCACUUGUAAAACUGCAUAGCGUUGUAUGAGAUCGGACUCUCUAGCCUUCAGCGGAGCGCCAGGGCCUUCAAGUUUCAACUCUCGUAGCCAUAGCUUGAACCGUGUCCUCGCUCUGCAACAUGUUUAUGCGGAACUUAGCUGUAAAACAUUUCAUUUUCUUAUUUUAUUUGUGGCUACUUUUUGUACUUUUGAUUUUGUUUGUGCAACACUGAGGGCCUAUAGAGAAUUGGUGUUGCGAUUCUCAACAUUCCAAAUGUAAACCGUGCAUCUAAGAUUGAUGUCUGUGCGGCUGAAUUUGACAUACAACUGGAGAGAAAACAAGCUUAACAACUUAGUUAUCCGGCUAUAAAGCCUGUUAUUACCUCUUAUAUGUUAUUUGUUGAAUCGGUUUCUUGAUGAACAGAUUAAAUAUGUGCAGGAUCAUUAGUAAUUUAUAUUCAGAUGUUACACUUUAUAAAUUAUUUAAAUUGGUUAAAAACAUAGUAGCACUUUACAGUCCGCAUAUAGGAAAAUGUACGCAGAAGGGGUCAAAUGAGACGGAGCCUUAAAACUACGUACAUGACUCUAAAUUAUAAAAUGCAGCUAGUCGUUCACAAGCCAUAAUCUCCUGUCUUAAUUUACUCUGCGUCAUAUGUAUUUGCUGAAAUGUGAAUAUUUGCUAUUUAAGACUAAUUCUUUGUUCUGCUUGUAUGCUUGCAUUUACGUUCUUUUUCACACCCCCCUUUAUGCAGUGCCAGGAUCAUUUCUGAUUUCUGACCAUCAAGUAAAAUGCAUCAGACAUUAUUCUAAUUUAAUACUGUGGUUAUUGCAGACUUUCAAGCUCUUUACAAGUACAAACGUUGUACAAAGCCCUUUUCUUUCUGGUUUAACUUAUAUUUUUGCUUAUUUGUAUCUGUUUUUUUUUUUUUUCAAAAUAACAUGUAAAAUGUAGUGUAAAAUGUUUUUUUUAGACCUUUAAAGCUCUGACAUCUGAGGUUGGUGAACAUGAUGCACUCAAUGGAAAAAGGAAAAACUGAAGGCAAGAAAAAAAAUGCUACAACCUUUUAUUUUUUUAAAUGCAGCUAAAAUCUGCAAUGAAAUGUGAUAACAACCAUUGCCUGUGAUAUAUUUUAAUUUUGUGGUGCUUUGUAAUAUUAUUAUAAUUCUGGUAUUUUUUGUUUUUACUCCUGUACUUACUAGAAAUUGUAGCUG